UAAAGGCCUUGUGCUUUUGAAUAGCUUUUUCAUUCAAGACUAAGUGUAACUGAGCUUUCAAAGGCCUUAAAAUUAUUUACUGACAGAUCCAAGACUAGAGACCACGUUACAUAAAAUAUAGAAAUUUCCUCCUCUCUCUGUAUUUAUUUUCUCAAUCUUUUCUUUAAGUGAAUAAAUUGCAGUCCCUGGUGAGGAGACAACAGAAAUGUCUACUGGAACAGAUGUCAAGAAUACAGAGCUAAACAUGUCCAUGGAUGAUAACUUAAGCAUGACUAAAAAGCAACCCUCAAAGAAAGGUCUUUGCUCAACCCGACAUGGGCUGGCCUUCAUCUUGCAACUCUGUAAUUUUUCAAUUUCUACACAACAAAUGAGCUUGAGCAUUGCUAUCACUGCUAUGGUAAACCAUACAGCCACCAGCAGCCAGUCCAACGCCUCCAUAGAAAGACCCCCCACAGACUACUACCAGGACUACUGGAAUGAAACACUAAAGGAAUUUACGGCAGUGGCCCCUACAUAUGACUGGAGUCCAGAAAUCCAGGGGAUCAUCCUGAGCUCUCUCAGUUAUGGCUCAUUAUUGGCUCCAAUCCCUACUGGCUAUGUGGCUGGAGUAUUUGGAGCCAAGUAUGUUGUUGGUGCUGGCUUGCUCAUUUCCUCAGUUCUGACGCUCUUCCUUCCACUGGGCGCUGAUGCUGGAGUGGCUCCAUUUAUUGUUCUUCGGGUCAUCCAAGGCAUAGCCCAGGUUAUGGUAUCAACAGGUCAGUUUUCAAUUUGGGUCAAAUGGGCUCCACCAAUGGAAAGAAGUCAACUCACCACCAUUGCUAUAUCAGGAGUUUCAUUGGGGACCUUUGUCGUUCUCAUUGCUGGUGGUUUCCUCUGCCAGGCCAUAGGAUGGCCUUAUGUCUUCUAUAUCUUUGGUGGCAUUGGCUGUGCUUGUUGCCUUCUUUGGUUUUCUCUCGUUUAUAAUGAGCCCAGGAAUCAUCCCUUUAUCAGCUCUAGUGAGAAAAGCUACAUCUUGCAUGCAGUGGCUCAACAGGAUAGCUUGCCAGACUGGUCUCUUCCCAUCAAAGAUAUGGUCAAAUCCCUACCACUUUGGGCCAUUGUAGUCUCCUAUUUCUGUCUAUUCUGGCAGUUUUCUACUAUGAUGGCAUACACACCUACAUAUUUCACCUAUGUAUUUCAGGCCAAUGUCAGAGAUAGUGGCAUCUUCUCAGCCCUACCACCUUUAACGAGCUAUGUCUGCGUUAUCCUUGGAGGUCUAUUGGCAGAUUUUCUUUCCUCUAGAAAAAUCCUCAGACUUAUUACCGUCAGGAAACUCUUCACUGCUAUAGGGGUUCUCUCUUCCGCUGUGGUCCUCUUGAUUCUGCCUUGGACCAAAUCCAGCUUCAGUACCACUCUGGCCCUCUUUGUAUUGUGUUCUUCCUUCAGCAGCCUCUGUAAUUCAGGAGCCUUAAUUAGCUUCGUGGACAUUGCUCCUCGGAUUCAGAGAGGGGUUGGAGAAAUGUCUUCCUAGUUACAAUUGCUGUUAAUGUCUCAGGCCUGAUCUUCUUCCUCAUCUUCGGCCAAGCAGAAGUACAGCACUGGGCUAAAGAGCAGAGAAUCACCCACUUCUGAGCAGAGUGAUGUGUGAAAUCUGA